AUGGCCUUCCUGUUCGGCGGUCGAGGGCGACAGAAACAGCCUGCGGAGAUCGCCAGGUCGUUAAAGGAUCUCCUGGUCAAACUGCACGAGCCCAAUCCAAGCCUAAAGAUCGAGGAAGAUGUCGCGAAACACAUGUCGCAGAUGAAGUUGAUUGUGCAGGGAACACCAGAAGUCGAAUGCAGCCCCGAACAGGUGCACCAGCUCGUGCAGUGCAUCAUCCAAGAAGACAUCCUCUUUGAACUGGUGCGGUCGAUUCGGUUGCUGCCCUUCGAAGCGCGCAAAGACGCCCAGAUCAUCUUCUCGCAUAUCCUUCGCUACAAGACCUCCUCGACCCCAUCCUCACCGCAGUCUGGCGGCCAGGAACCGUCAGCAGUCACAUACCUGGUGUCUCAGAGACCAGAGAUCAUCGUCGAGCUAUGUCGUGGUUACGAGUACCCCCAGUCUGCAAUGCCCUGCGGGACGAUCCUACGGCAAGCACUGGCACAUGAGACAAUCGCCGCAGUCAUCCUGUACGACGAGUCACAGCCCGGAGAAAAGGCGGUCCAGCUUAAAGAUGUGGACGUGAGCCGAAUACAGUCAGGCAAAGGCGUGUUCUGGAGCUUCUUCGACUGGAUCAACAAGGGCAGUUUUGAAGUCAGCGCCGACGCCUUUACGACGUUCAGGGAGAUCCUCACCAAACACAAACAGCUAGUCUCGCAGUAUCUGACGACAAACUACACCCUCUUCUUCACCCAACACUAUAAUCCGACGCUGCUCCUCUCUCCGUCCUACGUCACAAAGCGCCAGUCGAUCAAACUCCUCGGCGAGUUGCUCCUCCAUCGAUCGAAUUACACCAUCAUGACCCAGUUCGUGUCCUCUGCCGAUCACCUCAAACUCACCAUGACAUUACUCAAGGACGACCGGAAGAUGGUCCAGUACGAAGCCUUCCACGUGUUCAAGGUCUUUGUCGCGAACCCCAACAAGAGCGAUGAAGUCAAGCGCAUCUUGGUCCGGAACCGCGCGAGGCUGUUGAAAUUCUUACCCACCUUCCUGGAGGGCCGUACCGAUGAUGACCAGUUUCUGGACGAAAAGAGUUUCCUGGUCAGGCAGAUCGAGAACUUGCCUGACGAGGAGGGCUUGCUGAGGGAACAGCAGGACAGCAACAGUCAGGUCAGAGUCGGUGCAUAG